AUGAUGUUAAGGGGAAGAGCCGCAGGCAAAGUCCUGGGUGGCUCUGAUACAAUGUUAUUGGAGCAGGAUGACAAAACCCGAGAAUCACAGCCAGAUCAGGUACAGGGUGAAUAUUACUACUCUGCGUCGCAGGCGGGCAACAGCAGCAGCGGGUCGUCAUUACAGACCAAGUUGCCGCGCAGAGAGUCCAAGGUCAGCUUGGCUCUCAGGGCGCUGACCAACAGAAGUUCCAGUAUAUCUGUAUUAGAACGGCCCGCGAGCCCACACGGCACGACGACGUCCCAACGCCCAUCUCCGCCGCGGGGCAGCCCCAUGAGUAUUGUCAAGAAGGUUUCAUCGUCCAUCUUUAAGCCCGCGAUAGAACAUACGGUUAUGCACCGCUCCAAGCACAAGGCUCGACUAUCUCUUGAAGCUAUCGGGACCGCAUCCACGGUAGCUGUGGCAUCGUCUGAACCAGCCGGCGUGUUUUUGCCAGUCUCGUCGUCAGCACUGAACGCGGCCAGCAACAGCAAUAUCAGUGCCACUGAUAGCAAGCCUGCAGUCCGCAGCUCGCAGCUUUUCUCUGCACCAAACACCAUUUCAACCGGCAUGACCUCGCUCGAUUCUAAAUUCUCAGGCUCAACCAAGUCUAAAGACAAAGAGGCUGCCGCCCAGUCCAAGGAGAAGGAUGUUGCCGACAUCCCUGACAGACCCGAUGACCCCAUUUGCAGGAAGAGUAUCGCCCCUGCGAGGCGCCGCGUUCCUAUGACACGCUGCAGCCCCGAGGGGCCUCUGGCACCAAUUCAGGAAACAAAGUCACUAGAGGAUACUGCAGCCACUGCACCCACCAUCGCCACGGUCGAGAAGGCCGCAGCAGCCAAGAUCUACCUGGAAACGUUCUAUGACAAGCUUCUGUCACACCCAACCCCUCGUGACAUACGCCUGCAAGUGCUCAAAGGCGAUCUGAACCGCGAUGCGCAGGUAAUGAGCCCCGAGGACUAUGCAGUCCGGCGCCAGUCAUAUUUUGACGGCUUCUGCCGCGCCGAAUCCGAUUACCUGCGUGAGAUGCGGGUUAUGAAGGCUCGCUCCAUUCGCGCCCUCAAUUCGCCCAAAGGCAGCAGCUUCACGGGUACUCCCGAUAUCUGCGAAAACGACUAUGACGUCCUCAAGAUCCUGGGCAAGGGUAGCUUUGGUGUUGUCCGCCUGGUGCGGGACCGACGAGAGGCCCAACAGCCACUACAACAGCCAUACUGUAGAACUCCAGGUCCGGCUGUGUAUGCCAUGAAGGUCAUCCGCAAGAGCACAAUGUUGCGCACAAGCCAAGAGGGUCACUUACGGGCUGAGCGGGACUUCCUCGUGGCGUCAGAGGGUUCGACGUGGAUCGUACCGCUAAUUGCGAGCUUUCAGGACGCGGCCAACCUGUACCUUGUGAUGGAGUACAUGCCCGGGGGCGACUUCCUGGGUCUCCUGAUACGUGAGACGACUCUGACGGAGCAGGUGGCGCGCUUCUACGCGGCGGAAAUGGUGCUGUGCGUCGAGGCGGCGCACGCGCUACGUUGCAUUCACCGCGACGUCAAGCCCGACAACUUCCUCAUCAGUGCAUCGGGCCACCUGCGCAUCAGUGAUUUUGGACUGGCUUUUGAUGGCCACUGGAGCCACGACACGGCCUACUACAACAACCACCGGUACUCAAUGCUGCGGAGGCUAGGAAUCAGCGUCGAGGGCGACGAGCAGGACCAGCGCGAGGGACAGAGCGUGCGCAUGACGAUGAAGUGGGCCAGCAGCAUCAUGAAUGGGAUGGAGAAGCACGAGCGCAAGGAUCCGGCGCCAGGGGAGGAGGCUAGCUUUGACGGCCACUGCAACAAGACGGUUGGCACCAACAGCGGAUCAAGAGAGCCGCUGCUGGCGUGGCGCAACCGUUGCGGUAACCGUACUUGGGCGACCAGUGUGGUCGGCACUAGCCAGUACAUGGCACCCGAAGUUGUGCGAGGCGAGAAGUACGACGGGCGAUGCGACUGGUGGAGCGUCGGUGUGAUCCUGUAUGAGUGCAUCUAUGGCCACACGCCUUUCCUGAGCGACGAGGGCCGCCACCAGACCAAGCAGAACAUUGUAAACCACCAUUCCACCUUCGCGUUUCCGUUGCAGCCCGAAGUCAGUCCACGUUGCCAGCAGCUGAUGAUGAGCCUGAUCACCGAUAAGCAGCACCGGCUGUGCUCGCGGCGGUAUAUCUUCAAGGACAUUGCUGCUGCUGCUGGGACAUCUGGUGCUGGGGGCUCGGAGUUUACAGGCGCUGGCGUUGGUAGUAUUGGCAGCAGGGAUCUGGCCGGGCGUUUUGUGUUCCCCUACGAUGCCGAGGACAUCAAGGCGCAUCGAUGGUUUCGCAACAUUCCAUGGGAACAUCUACACAAGCUCCCGCCGCCAUUUGUGCCGCAAAUUCGCAGUGCCGAUGACACCAAGUACUUUGACGAUGACGAAGAUCCCAUUAGCGACUGGUCCGACACGGAACCCUCCACACCUGGAGACGGCGAGGCCGAGACGACUGUUAUCGGCACAGCCGCCAUGACCACAAGCACGGCUGAUACCAUCAACGGCGCUACUUCCAUUAUACACGCGGCGGUGGACAGCCCCGUGGACAGCCCGCGUACGUCACGAAACUACAACGGCGGGGUGGUCACGGCGCUGACGCGACAGCAAGUCCGGGAGGCGGAGAUUGCGGCAUGGCUGCGCGGGUUCCGACGCUGCAUCCAAAAGGCGGCGCGUCACUGGGUGCAGGUGCCGUACGACGCGCUGAGGUUGCGAAACAUCGACCUGCGCAUCGAAUCCCUUCCAGACCUGACGGUCGAGCAGCGCGAGAUCCUGCGCAGGUUCGUGCGCAUAUUCGGGCGCAAAGAGAAGAAACGGCCACGAGACAGACUGCUGCGAGACAGGCAGACCAAGGGAAUCGUGCUCGAACUGAGGAAGAGGAAUGCAUUCCUGGGCUACACGUGGCGGCGCAUGAGGCCUGAAGCGUUACAGGAAAUGAUCUCGGCGGCAGAGGCAGAGGCCGAGGCUCGAAAGGCUGCAAGGGCGCUUGGGCAAAAUCUUUUCGAAAGAUACGAUAGUGGCUAUGAUGGCGACGAUGGCGAUGAUAGAAGAAGUCUCCUUGGACAUGGAGACAUACCCUGA